AAUUAACCUCUCACUGGAGAAGAUUUGUACAGCCCCUCUCAUGGCGUAUUAAGUGGAUUGAAUUGCAAGUCAUGCAGCUUCAGUUUCAAGCACGAAAGUAUGACAAAGAACUUGCGGGCUACAACCACCAAAACAAUUUUCAGUUGGAGGGUGUGAGAACAAAAAGUUUUGGCUCAAAGUCACUUCCACUUUCCAAUAACAGACCUAGAAGUAAGGUUCUAAAAAGAAAGAAAAGAAAAAGAGUCGAAGAUACUGAGGACACAGCAAUAUAUAUGUCUCGCCACAAUUUGUUUUCUUACUAUGAACGUAAAAAAUCUUUUGUUGAUGGUACUUCUCUUGAUGAUGACUGUGGCCCUACAGCAAUUCCCAUUGAAAAGGAAAAUGGCAAUCAUGGAUUUGGGGCUAACGGUGAACAUCUAUGGUUUGGGUCCAGAGGUGAACAUAAUUCCUCUGAACAAAUACUCCGUAAGAUUGGUGUUUUGCAAUCACAAGUUAGCCAGCUUAGAAGUAGAGUUGACAAGGUAUUGAGUGAAAAUGCAGGGAAGUUUUCUAGCACUGAUAACUUGAGCUUGUUUUUACCCUGCAAUGCUUUGAGCAGCUCUUCUCGAAAUCCUUCAUCUCCAAAGAGUGGGGGCAAAAUGGCUGUAGGGUCUUCUCUGGCAUCUCAGCUUAUUUCUGACUAUAACACCGGAGAUAUGAUUGCACCUCAAGGUGCCAUUUCAACUCGAGGAGAUGGUACAAGCAUCCCUGAUGUGAUUGAAAGUACAAGCCAAUCUCUUAUUGGUGGCAUAAGCAAUGGUGAAGGUGACAUUCUAAUCGACAAUAAAAGGAUGAGUAAUCUAGAGGAGGUCAUGAUUCAUCAAGUAGAAAACUCUUGCGUGCCUCCCGCUGUUGGAGAACCUGAGCUGCCGGUAGAAGUUCAACCAGCUCCAAAAAUCCGCUCGCUUUCCAAGCUUUCUUCAUCCAAGAUCAAGAAGAAGAAGACCAGGAGAAAGGCUCGAAGGUGGAGCCGCAGAUCCUCCACUUAACUUCUUCUAUUCCACCCAUACAAGGCUCCUUGAAAUAUUUGUCCAUCCUUGUCUUUUCUGCAGGGAGCAUAGAAAUUUUUGUAUAUGCUGUUUGGAAAUGCAUCACCUCAUACAUGCUACUCUCUAUGUUAUUUCUGUUUGAAUGUUUUAUACUUUUAUAUGCUUGAUUGGUCCAUGUAGCAUUAUAGAUUUGAAAAGUGGCCUAUGAUUUCAUUAUAAAGGUUCUUAUUCUCAGUUUCUCA